GGGUGUCCCAUAGGGAGGUGUCCCCGGGAGGGGGUCCCGUAGGGGGGAUCCCAUAGGGCGUGUCCCCAGGGGAGGGGUCCCGUGAGGGGGGUCCCGUAGGGGGGGGUCCCCGGUGGGGGGGUCCCGUAGGGGGGGUCCCAUAGGGCGUGUCCCGGGGGGAAUCCCCGGGGGGGGGUGUCCCAUAGGGAGGUGUCCCUGGGAGGGGGUCCCGUAGGGGGGGUCCCAUAGGGCGUGUCCCGGGGGGAAUCCCCGGGGGGGGGUGUCCCCGUGGGAGUGACCCCGGGGCGCCCCCGGGGACGGGGUCGGGGCCGCGGCGGCCGCCGCCCUCUUCCCGCCCGAAGCCGCGUUUGAAUCGGCGAGCCCCGCCCCCGCGGCCGCCCCGCCGCAGCCAAUCAGCGCGCCGCGCCGCGGCGGAGCCUGCCCGGAGCCGCGCGCCCAUUGGCCGGGCGGGCGGCGGGGGGCCGUGACGCGGCGGCCGGGGGAUACAUUGUAGCGCGGCGGGGGGCGGCGGCGCCCCCGCGGCCUCGGGGGGCGCCACGUGGGUGGCGGCGCCCGCGGGAGCGCAGCCCGACCCCCCCCCCGCCGCCCCCGGGUCCCCCCGCCCGCCGCCGCCCCGCCCCGGCCCCGCCCCGGCCCCGCCCCCGGCCCCGCCCAGUGCCGCAGACACCGGCGCCGCUCCCCGCCCGGCGACGCCCCGCUGCAGGGUGCCGGCCCGGCCAUGCUGCUGGGGGGGGAGCUCAGCGCCGGGGACCGGCUGAGCGGGGCGGCGGCCCGGGGCGACGUGGCCGAGGUGCGGCGGCUGCUGCAGCACGAGCUGGUGCACCCCGACGCCCACAACCGCUUCGGCAAGACCGCGCUGCAGGUGAUGAUGUUCGGCAGCCCGGCGGUGGCCCGGGAGCUGCUGAAGCAGGGGGCCAGCGCCAACGUGCAGGACGAGGCCGGGCGGGCGCCGGCGCACGACGCGGCGCGCGGGGGCUUCGCCGACACGCUGCGGGUGCUGGUGGAGCACGGCGCCGACGUCAAUGCGCCCGACGGGGCCGGGGCGCUGCCCAUCCACGUGGCCGUGCGCGGGGGCCACGCGGCCGCCGUCCGCUACCUGGCCCCCGCCUCGGACCUGGCGCACCGCGACGCCCAGGGCCGCACGCCGCUGGACCUGGCGCGGCACCUGGGGCGGCCGCAGCUCUGCGCCCUGCUGCAGCGCCCGCCCGCCUGACCCCCCCCCGACCCCCCCGGACCCCCCCAGACCCCCCACCGCCUACCUCAGACGUUCCUCUUCCUCUCCGCUGUUGCCCCUAUUUAUAUUUCGGCGGGUACGAGGUGCCCCCCCCGGCUGGGGACACCCUGGGGGGUGUUGUCCCCCCCCCAAGGGGCUGCACAUGGGGUCACCCCCCCGCCGCCGCCGGCCGGGACCCCCCUGGGGCGGGGGGUGGUGGGGCCCGGCGCCCCCGCUGUGCCCCCCCCCCGGGCCGCCCCCUCCUUCCCGCGCUGGUUUUUAUUUUGUAAAGACAGAGAUGAAAUGAGAUUCUAUUUAUUGUGCUCGGGGCAGACGUCGGGGGGAUAAUUUAAUGUUUUUAACCAUUAAAUUAAUAUUUGUGGACCGUG